AUGUGGCAGUGUUUGCUGUUGCUUUUUUGUGUGAGCAGUGCUCUGGGAUACUAUGCCCCAGAUGAAGUCCUGUCCUUGCCGGGUCUCAACACUAGACUCAACUUCAGGCAGUGGUCUGGAUACCUGGAGGCUUCUCAUGGCCAACAUCUACACUACUGGUUUGUGACAUCUCAACAAAACCCAACUAAUGACCCUGUGGUCCUGUGGCUGAAUGGUGGACCUGGGUGCAGUUCCUUAGAGGGACUCCUUGCUGAAAAUGGACCUUUACAUGUGCAUGAAGAUGGCAGUGCACUCUACAUCAACAAGUACAGCUGGAACAAAGUAGCCAAUGUUCUGUACCUGGAGUCCCCGGCUGGGGUUGGCUUCUCCUAUUCGGAUGAUCAAAUCUACACCACCAAUGAUAUUGAGGUCGCAGAGAACAACUACCUGGCCCUGCAGGAUUUCUUCAGAAAGUUUCCCAGCUUUAGGAGCAACGACUUCUACGUCACGGGAGAAAGUUAUGCGGGCGUCUAUGUGCCAACCCUGAGCCUGAAAAUCGCAAAUGGCCCAGCGAAGAUUAACUUCAAGGGAUAUGCAGUCGGGAAUGGACUGAGCAGCACGUUUUUCAACGACCAGUCACUCGUCUAUUUUGGAUAUUACCAUGGGCUCUUCGGCGACACCUUGUGGAAAGACCUGAACACAUACUGCUGCCAAGGUGGAUCCUGCAACUUUGUCAAUAACAAUAACUACUACUGCCAAGAAUCAGUCAGAGAAGUCUUUAUGAUCAUCUACAAAAGUGGACUCAAUAUAUACUCGCUGUACCUGAACUGUCCUGGGGGAAUAGGAGCAAGUAACUCACGCUUCCUCACAGAACUCAAGAACCUCUUCCGAUUUUACAAGUUUGGAAUAACAGAGAAUGCAGGUACACAAAGGAACUUGGCUCCCCCAUGUGUGAAUGAUACUGCUGAUUGGACCUGGCUAAAUCGCGCAGAUGUGAGAAAGGCCCUACAUAUCCCAGACUUUGUGCAGCCAUGGCAACUUUGCAGUACAGUGGUUGGUGGCACCUACCAACGUAUCUACAGCACCAUGCAUGAUUUCUACCUGCAGCUGCUCAGCAAGGGUCUCCGUGUGCUGGUCUACAAUGGUGACACUGACAUGGCCUGUAACUUCCUGGGUGGAAACUGGUUUGUGCAGUCACUGAAUCAGCAGAAAACCUUGGACUACCAACCAUGGAUUUACAAUGACCAGAUCGCAGGGUUCUACGAGCAGUUUGGGAACCUCACCUUCCUGACUGUCAAGGGAGCUGGACACAUGGUACCAGAGUGGGCACCAGCACGAGCCUUGAAGAUGUUUGAAUCCUUCCUCUCCAACUCUCCAUACUGA